AUGGCAUCUGUACCACGGCUCCAAAUACCCUUUGCUAUCAGAAAAGAAGGUUGUGCUAAUGCUGAAGGCCUCAGCAAAAGCGGACGCACUUGCAGCAAUGACCUAGGUAAAGUCUUACUUGAUAUGUCGCUUGUAGCUUUCUGGGGCAUGGCCAGGUUAGGCAAACUUGUGUGCGAUAUCAGUCAUGGGCAAUUGGAAAAAGACAAAGGUGUCUGGAUCUCAGACGUGCGAGUCGCCAGCGACGCACAAUCUGCGUGGGUCAAAAUUCAUUUUGCCAAGACGGCAACUGGAGGAGAAACUACUUAA